AUUCGCAUUUAUAAUAUUAAUUCUGGAAUGUGCCGAUAUUACCGUGGAUAAAAAUUAGGAAACGGGCUGUCCACUGACUUUUAAAUCAAAUAAAAUCGCCCAAAUCUUUCAAUAUUAAUCAUCAAUAUAUAAAGCAUGAUGUCUCUAAAAGAGUGAGUAUCCUAGGAGCGCGAGCCCCCUAGAAGCGUGAGGCUCUGGGCCUGGGCCAGUGCCCUGUGCCCACCAUACCUGUCUUAAGUUUAAGUUUAAGACAGCACUGCCACAUUUGCUUUGGGGCCGUCCAUAAAAUAUACGUCGCUAAUUUUUAAAAUAUUGUUUUACAACCCCCUCCCUGUCACAUAUGUCGAGUAACCCCCCCCCCACCCUUUUUUUUUAAUUAAAAAAAAAAGAUAGUCACACUUUUGAACAAUUUAAAAAAAAAAACACAAUAACUAAUUAACAUAUUUUUAAAAUUUUGUUUUACAACCCCCCCCCUUUCCCAUAUGUCGAGUAACCCCCCCCCCCCCCUUUUUUUUUAAUUAAAAAAAAAAGAUAGUCACACUUUUGAACAAUUUAAAAAAAAAAACACAAUAACUAAUUAACAUUUAAUCUAAAACACUCUUCACUAUUACAUUUAUAAUUGACUUAAUUGUGAACUCUUCUGGCAGAAAAAGAACCACCCCAAUAGAAAUUUAAAACAGCACUGUCAAUUUCAGGUUUUAUAUUAUAUGUCCCCCCAUGUAUGAUUUUUUUUUAAAAGUAAAAUGUGAUGUCACGUAAUAAGUAUUAUUUUUAUCUUUACCCGGGUCAAAAUCAGGCCUAAAUUAUAGCAUAUUCAACUCACUAAUGCAUCAGCAUGAGAAGACAUUUUACGUCUUACAAAACAAUAGGGAGUGAUCCCUUUGAAGCACCUAUAUUUUGUAAAUGUAGCCUACAUUUUGCAGAGCCGAAUUGUGACGGUGGAAUGAAUACAUUCAUUUGGAACUGUCUCAAAAUUAAAAACAUAUCUUUAAAUCUGAUUUCAUAACACUUGAGGAAAAUAAUUGAGACUUAUAGAAACAUAAAAAGGACAGUUUUCUAAUCUUAAAACUCCUUAUUUAUGAAACAAAUGACACUUUUGUGUAAUUAUUAUUUCAUUACUGUCAUUACUAAAACUAAAACAUCUAAAAUAAAAUGCUGUAACUCUAGAUGUUUCCUUUAAAGUUAAAAUAAGGGCCCUGAUGGGGGCCCAUUUUAUAAUUAUAAUUAUCUGUAAGUGACCCUGAUUCAUCACAAAAAUAGUCAAGUUAAAAUUUAAAAGUUGUCCCAUUUAGAGAUUUAGCAGAUAUAGGAAAAAUUUAAUUAAUGUCCCUUCUCCUCCCCCCCCCCCCCCCCACCUACAGUUGGGUGAAUAUUACGAGUUCAAAACCCUCCAGAUUUUUAUUAUAGAUUUUCAAGUGCAUUUGCACCAAGUUUAUUCUAGAUCUAGCCAUUAAUUGUAAUUUUUUUAAAUAGCUUAUUUAAGGAAAAAUGAACUUUGGGUCCAAAAUCCUGAACAGAAUAUAACCAAAAACAAAUUCAAACCCAGUCAGCAUUUCCUUCUGGAUAAUGAAGUGUAAUAACUAUGCAUCCUAAUUUUAUCAAGAUCCAUUAAUAAGAUAAGAUAAGAUUCCUUUAUUGAUCCAAACAAAUGGAAAUGUUUUUUUUAUUACAUUGUACAUUUACAUUUUCAGCACAUAAACAAAUAGAUAUUUUAGUUAAGUCCACAUUUUUCAACUAAAACAAUUUAAACACAAGACAUCUACAUUAAAUUAUUUCACUAGUGAAAAAAAAAGGCCAUUCUUUGAACUCUCUUAGUCAUAACAGGGACUUAUUAGUUCUCAUUUAAAUUUGUGAAAUGUAGGCCUAUAGGGUAAAAAUAGGCUUAUUUUCUCAUGUAUAAAGUAGAUACAUAUUAUAACAGAUAUAUACAUUGAUGAACAUUUAAAUUCUGAUUGAGAGAUUAAUUUUGUUUUUUUUUAAUUUAAGACCUGCAUCUAAUUAAAAAUCACCAUUUACAUAUUGAUGAAUAUCGGUAUGAAGUUUGCUGGUUUUUCAUUUUUCAAUGUUUUGUACCAUUAUGAAGUGUCAGUAAAAAAUAUAGACAGAAACUUAUUGCAUGUAGCAUUUAAGAAGAUUAUAAUGAAUGUAAAACAUGUAAACAGUUUAAUUAAAAACAGGAAAUCUACUAUGGACUGAAACAUUCCUCUACCAGUACUAAUAAAAUUCACUCACUCAUCCAGUGACUCAUCCAGUGACAUACUUUUAUUUGAUUGUGAUUUGGGGGAUCAAUCACAAUAUUGUGAUUCUCUCUUCCCCACACACACUUACUAUAUAUAGUAAAUAAUAAAUAUUAUUAAAAGAACUCCCAGGACUUUGAACCCUUAGGUUCCCCAAAGCACCCUUUAUGCAUUCCCCUGAACUAUGGGAUAGUUCUAAUCUAAAAUUCAUCCCAACUUAUACAAUGCAAUCAGCUGUAGUUUCUUAAAAUGGAACAACACAUAUUUCCAUAUAUUUAUAUAUGAUUUUAUUAAAAAAAAGUAAUCUUUUGUUACUAAAUUUAUUUGCAACUUGUCCUUAAAGAAACAUAUUUUCUUUCUUUAAAAAAAAAAUGAAUGAAUGUGCCUUAAGUAACUAAACUGCAUAUGCACAUCUUGCUUUGUAAUACUGGUACUUUGAUCACAUUGAAUAACUUUUUUUAGCUUAAAAAAAACAUAAUAGGUAAUGAAGUAUGUUUUCCACUGGGUCUUCUAGAUGCAGAUGUUUCUGGACCCUCCAUUCCCAUGUUGAUGAACGUGUCUGGUCAGCCUGAGCGGAACCACCUUAAGGUUGUCUAUUAGUCCCUCUAAGAUCCUUCACUUUUUGUUAUCUGUCUGACAUCCUGACCUAUUUGUUACCUCUCUGAAAUCCUACCCUAUUCAUUAUUUGUCUAACAUCCUACUCUAUGCAUUAUUUGUCUGACAUCCUACCCUAUUCAGCAUUUGUCUGACAUCCUACACUAUUCCUUAUUUGUCUGACAUCCUACCUUAUUCAGCUGUCUGACUCUUCUUCUUUUGCCUUUUUACCCUGUCUGGGGCAUAGGCCGUCUACAAGAAGUUUCCAUUCAUCACUUUCCUUUCCAGUUGCUUCCAGGUGUAUCUCAUACUUUUUGUGUCUGCCUCCAGCUCACUUCUCCAUGUAUUCUUUGGCCUUCUUCUCUUUCUUUUCCCCUGUGGAUUUCAUGUUAAGGAUUGGUGAUGCCAUCUGUCUGACAUCCUACCCUAAUUUUCUGUCUUACAUCCUACCAUAUUCAUUAUUUGUCUGACAUCCUGUCCUAUUCAUUAUUUGUCUGACAUCCUGUCCUACUCAUUAUUUUUCUGUCAUCCUACCCGACUCAUUAUUUGUCUGACAUUCUGUCCUACUCAUUAUUUGUCUGACAUCCUGUCCUACUCAUUAUUUGUCAGACAUCCUAUCCUACUCAUUAUCUUUCUGACAUCCUGUGCUACUCAUUAUCUUUCUGAAUCCUGUCCUACUCAUUAUUUGUCUGAAAUCCUGUCUUACUCAUUAUCUUUCUGGCAUGCUACCUACUCAUUAUUUGUCUGACAUCCUACCCUACUCAUUAUUUGUGUGACAUCCUACCCUAAUCAUUAUUUAUCUGACUUCAUGCCCUACUCAUUAUCUGUCUGACAUCUCACCCUAAUCAUUAUUUGAUUGACAUCCUGCCCUACUCAUUAUCUGUCAUCCUACCCGACUAAUUAUCUGUCUGACAUCUAGCCCUAUUCAAUGUCUGUCUUACAAAAACACUUCUGAGAGAGCUGCACUGGUUGCCGGUGUGUGCUCGCAUAGAGUACAAAAUCGCAACGUUGUGCUACCGCUGCUUACAUGACCUGGUCAGAAAGAGCUGCUUACGCCUUAUGUACCCACUAGAGAGCUCCGCUCAUCCGAUAGUGGCAAACUCUCGACACCUCGUGUUUGCCUUGAGACUUACGGAAAGCGUACUUUCGCAUUUGCUGGUCCAACAAUUUGGAACGCCCUUCCUGUCGAUCUCAGAAACAACCAGACACUGGAGUCCUUUAAAACCAAUUUAAAGACACACCUAUUUCGCAAACACCUUCUGGGAUGAUUGUCAACCUUAUUUUCCAGUUAAUGCAUAAUGGCUGUGUUGCUUGGGGUUGAAAUGGCUAGAAAGACUUUGCAAUUGUUUGCUAGUAAUUAGUUUUUGUAGUGUUGCGUUUGUUUUAAAUGUGGUAAAUUAUAGAUUUGUAUUUUGUUGACUUUGUACCACUCUUCGAGCCUUUGGGGAUGAAGCGUGUUUUUGAAAUGAACUUUAUUAUUAUUAUUAUUAUCUUACCCUAAUCAUUAUUUGUCUGAUAUCGUGCCCUACUCAUAAUCAAUCUGACACUAUGCCCCGCUCUUAGUUUUUCAAACAUCUUUAAUGACUAUGUGAAAUAUUUAAUCAGUUCAUUUUUGUAUGCAAAUUGCAUUUGAAAUUGUGUGUCUUUAAUUUUACUGAAAAAGUUAACAUAAAAGUCAAAGAAAAAUUUAUUAUCUCUUGUUUUCAUCUUUUAUUUUUACCAAAUCUACUGUCGAUAAAGACCACAGUAAGGAAAGCAUUCCGAAAUGGAGAUUUUGUUUUUUGCAAAUAUGUUCAAAUAAAUUAAAAAUCGUGUUUUGUUUUUAAAAAUAUAAUGACCUAAUCAAUUGUUUGAUAAGCCAGCAUCACUAUUUCUUAUACAUUUUUAUUUAAGAAUGUAAGUUUUGUUGUCUUAAAAAUGAGUGCAAUUAAUAUCCCAUUACUUGUAAUCUCAACAUGUAUUUUAUAAUGCAGGAAAAUUGAUGCUGCCCCUGGUCGACUAUGGAGUUAAGUGGUGAGUAGAGUCAAACCUAAUUGGUUGGAAACCCAAUCAAGCAGACUGUUGGUCGAUAACACAGAAUGGAAGCGCGGGAUAAAUCAUUCACAACUACAUUUGUUGUGUUCCUAUAGUUUCAUAAAGCUUAUUCACAAAUGCAUUUGUUGUGAUCUUAUAGUUUCAUAAAGCUUAUUCACAAAUGCAUUUGUUGUGAUCUUAUAGUUUCAUAAAUCUUAUUCACAAAUACAUUUGUUGUGAUCUUAUAGUUUCAUAAAGCUUAUUCACAAAUACAUUUGUUGUGGUCCUAUAGUUUCAUAAAGCUUAUUCACAAUUACAUUUGUUUUGGUCCUAUAGUUUCAUAAAGCUUAUUCAAAAAUACAUUUGUUGUGAUCUUAUAGUUUCAUAAACCUUAUUCACAAAUAAUGUUAAUCAUUGAGAGGGCAGAAGGGAGUGACUUGCAGUUUUGUGAAAAAUUGUUGAGAUGGGUUCCAAGAAAUUAACAAAUUAAUUAAACUUUUGAAAUAAAAUCUUGAUUUGGCAUGAUAAUAAUCACUUAUAACAUUUCUUAUUUAAAAAUUAUAUAUAAAUAUAUAUACAUGUAAACUUUGUUAGAUCACAGUAAGGUUUAAAAUUGGGCCUUAGAAACUAAUUAUAUAAUGUUGCCAUUUUGUACACAGCAUGUCAAUGAGGUUUCUAGUGGAUGAUAAAGCAGCCAUUGUGGGGGUGUGGUCUCAUGGUGAUGUCAGCAAUUCAAAAACUACUGUGAGAGGUAAUAAUUGAAGGACUGCAUUCAACCUAUGUGAAUGAAAUAGUAAAACAAGGUAUGUGGAAGCUUGAAUCAAACGACGGGACAAUAAGAAACAUCCACAUCUUACUGUCCUGUCUUUUGAUUCAAGCUUCAACAUACCUUGUUUUACUAUUUCAUUCUUGAGAGAGGUAAACUGGCCUUUUUUUAGUUAUAUUUUCCUGAUGUUGUUGCAGAUUAACAAUAACAGCACAAAGGGGAGACAACUUCUUGUGUGCAAGACUAAUAUAAGUUUUUGUCUUUUCACUGCUAUUUAUUAAUAAAUUCUUAAUCAUUAUUAUUUUGUAAAAGUUUAUUUAGCUAAGGGUAUUUUAAAAAAUAGGAACUUGUAUUGUGUCUCAUGAUUUAAAAACACAAAAUAUUUCUUUACUAUAAAUAAAUGUCUAUGGGAUAUUUAACAAGUGGUGAUUUUAAGAUAGGACUCUAAGCUGUUGACAUUUAUACAAAUUUUUAAUAAAACUUUUCUAGGUGAUGUGGGGUCCAUUAGAUUACCUUGUUGUAGAUAUGCCAGUUGGCACGGGUAACGUACAGCUUUCUUUUGGACAGAAUAUUCCUGUUUCAGGUAUGUCUACAACAGAAGCCUACAUUACUUUCUCCACAUACAAGAUUUCUAUUAACACACUUACUUCAUAAUUUACUCUGCUGAUUAUAUUUUAUAAACUUAAUUUUAUAAACUCUAAAUUUGUCAAGGUUAUUAGAAUUUUUGUUAAAAAUUGUUUGACAGAGAAUGAAUUUUCUCUUUUUCUUAUCCAGACUUUUACCAAUAAAGCAUUAUAUGUGUUACGACCUUUAUUAUACUUGAAAUGUUACGGCCCUCUUGCGUUUCUAGGGUGUAUGAAUCUCUCAAAUAAAACACAAGGUCCAGUGUAACAAUAUAAUAAUUUAUUAGAUACUUUAUAAAACAGAACACACAUCAGUCCCACUACCAACUAUCCACUCUCCUAGCACUACUCUCUCGACUAACGUGUCACUCGCUUCUAUCGCUACUCCUAUCGCUACUCAUAUCGCUACUAACUCUUGACUGACAACUUUCGACGACUAACAAUUCUUCUCUUGCUCUUCUACCUUUCUUCUCUCUCUCUCUGACUUCUAGCUAACACACAUCCCCUUUUAUAUUACCACACAAACAACUCAGCCUACGCAAACGUUCCACACCACGGACUAACUUCACGCUCUGACCUCACGAUCAACAACUCACAAAACACUCUCACGAUUCACGACUCCCCCACCCAACAUUCACAACAAACUAGUUCACAACAAUAUGAACUGUUCAAGUCCUAUCAUUGUAACCACACCUCAAGAUCUGGCCCUGCUGGAUGCAAGGCGAGCUAUGGGCAUGCUCAGACAGGUCCAUAUAAAAUGUCUGGGAAUAAUAGCAAAACUUGACUGUGUUUGUGUGUCCCAAAUGCAACCAUCAAGAGCACAUUUUUGGUGCAGAUGGUGGCAAAAAUAUUGUUCAACAGAUGGGGACAGAAAUUCUAGGUAAUUUUAUGUCAAAACAAGUGAUAUAUUAAUCACAUUUUAAAUAAAGGCCAAUUCUGAAAAAAAUGUGUAUAGACUUGUUGAGGCUGUUAAUCACUGUUUUAUAAUUCUUUAUCAUUGAGUGUAUUACUGGGUACUGUACCAGUUUGUUUUAUAAUUAUAUAUCAUUGAUGGUAUUACCAGGUUCUGUACCAGUUAAUUUUAUAAUUCUAUAUCUUUCAUUGUAUUAUCAGGUUCUGUACCAGUUUAUUUUAUAAUUCUACAUCUUUGAUUGUAUUAUCAGGUUCUGUAGCACUGAGCGAAAGUAUCUGUCACUUUUCUGUCUCUGGACACCUAAUGGUGUUAGCAGAACCCAACAGCCCUACUGUAAGUAGCUUUUGAAGGGUUGAGCAAUUUUUAACACAGGAAUAAUCUUAAAUUGUGAUCUAUUAAGACCAUCAAAUAUUAGUUUAUUUUAAGUUGUGACAAUUCAACACUUGUAAUUUAUUUGUUAGUUUAAAAACAAAAACAACAAAGGAAUAUUUUAUAGAUUUAUUAAAAUUAAUAGACAAACUCUAGUAGUUAUUCUUCAUAAAUAUUUUCCAUUCCAUUUAACAUUUCAGAGUGAAGUUUUUAAAUCUAUAGUCGUUAAAGAGAUAUCAAAGCUUCCAUUGGAGGAACAAAGCUCUAUAAGAUAGCACAAACAAAAAAAGUUUAAUUUGUGUGUGUGCUCAAGGAUGUUGGUUGUGAGUUAUUAUAAUUUUUGUCAGUAAAAUUUAAAAUUAUAUUUUAAUUAUUAUAAACAUAUACAUGUUUUUUAAAUUAAUAUAUAUUUUAAAAUCACUCUCUUUAUUUCACAAAGUAUAGUUUUAUGUUUAAUGAAGCUUUUAAAAGUCCAAGAAGUUAUCAUAUUUAGCGCUUACUAUACCUCUUCAGAUAAAACCAAUAUUUGGCAGAUCAGAAGCUAAUUAUAAAAAUAGCUCUCAUGUUUUGUUGUUCAACAGAAAUGUACAAGUAAAAACAGCACGAUCUACAUUGAAAUUAACAAUAGAAAAAGAACCUGAGAGAGUGUUUUACUAGAUGAACCAAAGAAUUAGAAACAAAAUAAUAUCCUUGGAGAAGUUUAAAAAAAGGAACUGAAAUGGUAAUUUACAAUUAUACAUAAUUGGAUGGAAUUCCUUUUAUUUAUCAUAAAAACAACACAAAUUCUCUUCCUUGGGGAUCAUUUUAAUACUCAAGGUUAUAGUAUAGCUUGUAAAAAUAAUGUUUUUAUUUUAGAAAUGUAUUUUUACCUAUUUCUAGAGUAUGUUCAAUUGAAAUUUUUUCAUGAAUUCUAGUACAUCUUUCACAUCAUUUCAAUCGUAUGAGCAUAGAUUAUAUCAAAGUAAAUAUUUUUUAAAGAAUUAACUAAAUAAAUUUUGGACAAAGAAUAAAAGGUAGAUAAAAUAAGGUCGAUGUCUGCUCCAGUUUCAGACUUUUCUUUCACACAAUUAAUGAAUCUAAACCUCUCUCCCACUGGGAACAAGAAAUUAAAGUUAAGUUUUUUUUUUUAACUAAAGACAGAUUGAAAAAAAUAAUUAAUGUUUUUUUAAAAUGGUCCCGCUUUAGAUGAUUCUUAAGCUUAUGUUUUUUGUUGAAUAUUUUGUGCACUUUUAAAUUCAAGCAAUGUUUAUAAAUGAUAAUGAUAAAAGAUUUGUUAUUUGAAGAAAAGUUGUCUGAGUGGUAAUUUUUUUCCUACUGUACUUUAUCACAUUGUUCCUAAUGUUUCUAUUUAAUUGUCUUUCAAAUGUUUGCUUGAAUCAGAUCUGGGGAUGGCUACAUGACAUGGGAUGAUUUCAAGUCUUUACUUCAUAGUCUAUAUUU